CUGUUCGAGGAUUGGACUCGGGGUGCCCAUCCAGACCUCCUUAGUUUCGUCCCAUGCACCUAUAAGUUUCGUAUCGUCGCGCGUGAUUUAAAUUUCGUUCUCCUGGCGAAUGACUACAAUUGGAUUUCAUCUACAACCGAGAACGCUCAUAUCUCGGCCUGGGGCAAGCGUUAUUUGUUGUCGUUCGAUUUGCCAUUCAUUGAUUUCCUCCCGGAAACCGUACCGAUUGUAUAUAAAAUUGAAGGGUUCGCUGUUGAAGUGCGGCUAUCUCUACCGGAGACCAGCACAAUGUUCUACGUACUACGCGAGUUGCAUAGUCGUUUGAAAUUGGUUGACCGUUCGGGUAGACCACAGACAACCAUGCCAUUUCAUAUACACACUGAAACUCUCCCAGGAAACCAAGAUAACGGUCGACCAAUUCAGCGUCACUGGAUCGAUGUGGCCUGGGCUCCCCGGGUGACCCUACGGAUCGGUUAUGUGUACCAUCCAUCACCAUGGGCUUCAGAGUAUUGGCGAUUUUUGCCGGCACAUAUGCGUCUACCUAUACCAGUUGCUAAGGCUAGUGCGCGGUUAAGUGGUCGCAUUGUUCACGGUAUGCGGCAGCCGCGUCGCCGUGGACGUAAACACGGUCACAAAGCACCUGCGGUUACUCCACUAAUCCGAACGCAUUCGGAUUCGUCCAGCCAGUCCGAACUGGAAGAGCUAGCUCUGCGCGGCUUGAGACCGGAGGGCAGCCAGACCCAAGGACCAACGGAAGAUGAUCUAAUGAAAUCGGAUUUUGACGGGUCAUACUUCGCUCCGGAUACGGUUGAUUUUCACAUGCAUGUUGGACACGCCCAGCUUUGCUUUUACGGCACUCUUCUGCGUCAUUUCAUUCACCUGAAGGAGAACUACUUUGGCUGUUAUCAGCGGCCAGUGGAUUUUGCCGGUCCACCGAUGAGUGCCGAGGAAUACCAAAGUCAUUUAGAUGGAUUCUCACUGCUCCCUCUAACGGACGCGCCAAAUGCCAGUGUGAAACGAUCAAAGGUGAAACGAAUCAUCGAUCCACGCGAAUGUCGACCGAUUCUGGUGCGCAUUUCUCUCGAAUUCCACAAUAUCCAGGCCCAUUUACCUACGCAUGGCUGUUCUCCCACUACACCUUGUCCGACUGCUUUCUUGGACUGUAUCGGUUUCGAGAUGGACAAACGGUGGCACGAGACUAAAAUUCAGCUGAUGUUCUCGCCCAUCCUGUUGUGCACGUAUGACCAGUGCAAGGUCAGUUCCAACGAUUACUAUGUUCUGUUUCGCUUGCUACUCCAUUCGCAUUGGCGGUUGCCUACGCGUAUUAAUUAUUUCCACGAACUGCUUCAUUUUCUUCACCUUGACCAGAGCAUUUUUGUCUUUUCCUGUUUUGUAGUUGUGAUCAAGCAGUCUAGGUCACGGUCAUCGAAGUGCUUUUGCCGAUAG